AUGAGCAUUCAAGUCGGAUCGAAUGCUAUUGUGGAUUUGCAAGUGAGCGAGUGCCUUCUCAUGAGUUCCAACACCUUAAGAAUGGCGACCACAAUCACAGCUCAAGAUCUUUCCUCCGAUUCGGACGACGAAGACUUUAUCCCUACGCAAGAAGCAGAUGCCUCAGAAUCAGAAGCCGAGAGUUCUUCCGAAGAAGAGGCGGCGUUCAAUGUGGCCGGGAAACGGCGUGGCAAGGACACGUUAAGGGAGGCAAAACGGGCCCGAGGCACCGAAAGUGUUGCCGACGACGAGCUUGAUCAGCAGUCGAACGGCAAGUUGGCUGAGAGGAGGAGCCGUAUCGAAGCGUUAUGGGCUGAAAUGAACGCGUCUGGUGGUGGCAGAAAGGUGAAAGACGAAGGCAAAGCAUUACUUGUUAGCGUGAUAGAAGCACCUGCUCAAAAACCUGACGAGACCAUUAAAUCCUCCCAAAUCCCGCCGCCAAAUCAGCCAAAUCCGCAUCAUCAGCAACAACAGCAACAAUCAUCCACCACCGCAACACCAGAUUCAACCCUCCCCGAGCCCACGCAACCCAGCCGCAACGCCCCCCGUCGACGAAAAUCCAAUCUUCUAGCUCUGGCGGCUAAAUACGGCCUGGCAGACGCUGCACGACUCACGGUCCUCGAAAAAAGCAAAAUGGAUUGGAAGCGACAUGUGGAAGAAGCGGGAGAUGCCCAUUCUUUGGAGCACCACAGAAAAGAUGGGUACCUCGAAAAGGUUGCGUUUUUGAAUCGGACAGACGAGAGGCAGGCGGAAUUGGUCAAAAGUAUGAAGAAAUCAAGAUCUGGGAGGCGAUAGGUCGUACUCGAAUGCUGUAUAAUAAAUCAACAGCCGAUAUCGAGUUGGUUGACUGAAGCUGACCAUUGUUAUUGAUCUUUGCUACUCUCAAUUUCAAGCGAACCCUGUUCGUGGCGAGACCUUUAAUCCUCGUCACCAUCCUUGUCUGGAUUUUCCAUAGUUUGCUAACCUACACUGGCAAUUAUCCUGUUCUCAGUUGAGAAUAUCUAUGUUAAUCAAAUUAUUUACCUUCAAUAUUGAGCGACACCUUAAACGAGGAGUUAAAUAGCUGAACAGUGAUUGGUUCGCACAAUGAUUGGACUGUCACCUUUUGAGUCC